UUCGCACUUGACAAAAUCGAGAGUCGCGCUACUGUGUACACUAUGGCGUAUGCCGUGGCGAAACGACGAGAGUAGUUGUCCCUGUAGGCGUCGUUAUGAUGCGUGGGUCGUAACGUUUUUUUGAGAGAGAAGCGAGAGUUUGUUUUGAAUCGAUAACGGACGUGGGCAUCGGUUUUUCGUUAAAUUAUGGUGAUUUGCUCGGCGAGGAGUGGCGUCGUCCUACGAAGCCGCGACGAUGGAACCGGACGUCGGUGGUGAGCGUCGUACGGACGAUUAAUCGAGCAGGAGAGGACUCUGUUGCCUUGUCGCGGUAUUCGGUGUGUUCAUUGUAUAUGCGAUGUCGCGAAGUUCGACGAAGCUUCGCCCCGUCGUGCAGCGGCGGAAGCGCGACGUCGUGAUCCCGCUCGUCGCGUGUCUGCUGCUCGCGUCGUCGUUGUCGUCAUCGUCGUGGGUCGCGAAGGCAGCGAGCGAUUUUAAUAAGGAUAGCUGCCCGGUCGAAUGCGCUUGUCUAGGAAAUUUGGUCGCCUGCAACGAUCUUCGGCUUAUCGAGGCGCCUAGUGGUUUGCCUCCGUGGAUGGAGGUCCUAGAAUUAAAAAAUAACAAUAUUGCUAACUUGGAAUUUGACUCAUUGCUUCAUGUACCAGAACUCAAAAAAUUAGACGUAAGCGUUAAUAAACUUGGAGAUAAUUUUACUAUUGCCUUGUCGGAAGUAACACAAUUACGUGAGCUUAAAGUGAAUAAAAACCAAUUAACAAAAGUGCCAGAUCUUGUAUUUGUUAAGAAUAUUACUCAUCUUACGCUAUCUCAUAACUUAAUUACCAGUAUAAAUGGAACUGCAUUGCUCACUUUGCAACAGCUUCAGUAUCUGGAUCUCAGUGGAAAUAAAAUAAGUGUCCUUCAAAAAGGAUCUUUCCUCACUCCUAAUCAACUUACACAUUUAAAUUUAAACAUGAAUCAGAUAAGUAUAAUUGAAAACGGAAGUUUGGAUAAUUUAACUUCCCUGGAAGAACUUCGUUUAAACAAGAACCAUUUGACACAGCUAAAAGACCUUUUUUCAGGUUUAAAGGAAUUAAGAGUGUUAGAAGUGAAUAGAAAUAAUCUACAACAAAUUCACGGAUUAAGUUUAAAACAUUUAACCAAGUUGAGAGAAUUACAUUUGAAAAGAAACAAAAUUGAAAUGUUAGACGAUGGUGCUUUUUGGCCGCUUAACAAUUUGAUAAUGUUACAUCUUGACUUUAAUAUGUUGACUUCUAUAAGAAAAGGUGGUUUAUUCGGAUUAACCUCUUUGCAAACACUUACCUUAUCGCACAAUCAGAUCUCUUCGAUCGAACUUCAAGCAUGGGAACAAUGCUUAAAAAUAACAGAGAUAGACCUGUCGCAUAAUGCAUUAACUUCCAUAGACCGAGAUGCGUUCGAAUAUCUUUCAAGACUGGAAAAACUCAAACUGAGUCAUAAUCAGAUAACGCACAUUGCGGAAGGAGCGUUCAAUCAUACAACAAAUCUUCGCGUUUUGGAACUUAAUUUCAACAUGAUAUCUUACAUGGUGGAGGACAUUGGUCGCUCGUUUGCCGCACUCGGUCAGUUGUGGAAGCUGAACCUGGCAAACAACGAUAUCAAGUCUAUAAAUCAGAAUGCUUUCAUCGGCCUAAGUCACGUAACCGAUCUCGAUUUAAUUGGUAAUAAUAUUACGUCCAUUCAAGAAAAUGCUCUCCUUCCAAUGACUAGUUUGGAGACACUAAAAAUGCAUACCCAAUCUUUGCUUUGCGAUUGCGGACUCAAAUGGCUGGGAAUGUGGUUGCAAAAACAUCAUUACAGGGAAGCUAAAAUGUACUGCGGUUAUCCCCAUUGGCUGCAAGAGAUGCCAUUAAACAUUUUACAUCAUGCAAACUUCACUUGUGAUGAAUUUCCAAAACCACGAAUCAUUGAAGAACCCAUAGGUCAAAUGAGCAUUAAGGGUGGCAACGUGACGCUGAUUUGCCGCGCAACCAGUACCUCCGACGCGCCGCUUUCUUUCACCUGGAAACACGACAAUGUGGAGUUAAAAUCUGCGCAAUUCAGUACGGAGACCAAUUCGUCUUCCGAGAGUGGAGUAACCGAAGCGACUUCUUUUUUGUAUCUUGUUAACGUAACUCACGCUAACGCUGGCAAAUAUCAGUGCAUGGUAACAAACACUUUCGGAACUACGUAUUCGGGAAAAGCCAAAUUGGUCGUGUCAGUUUAUCCGACGUUUUCUAAAAUUCCGCACGAUAUAAAAGCGCACGUUGGAAGUACCGCUCGUUUGGAAUGCGCUGCCGAGGGACAACCGUCGCCGCAAAUCGCCUGGCAAAAGGACGGCGGAAAGGUCGACUUUCCAGCCGCGCGGGAAAGACGAAUGCACAUGAUGCCUACGGACGACGUGUUGUUUAUAAUAAAUGUGAAAACGAGAGACAGCGGUGUUUAUUCGUGCAUCGCACAAAAUCUGGCUGGUAGUAUUGUCGCGAACGCAACUCUUACGAUAUUAGAAAUCCCAUUUGUAGAAACUCCAUAUUUCGUGAAGCCAAUGAAAAAUAAGGAGAUAACAGUGGGCGGCUCGAUCGUGUUGGAGUGCAUGGCAAAUGGUACGCCACGGCCGAAAUUGUCGUGGCGAAAAAAUGGCAACCCGUUGCAGCUAACGAAUCGCCACUUCUUCACAGCGGACAACCAGUUGUUGAUUAUUGUCAACGCGAUUUUUACCGACGCCGGGAACUACGAGUGCGAGAUGAGCAACUCUUUGGGCACCGUCGUCGGCUCGUCUCAUCUUACAGUCAAUCCAGCUCCAAAUGCCGCGUUGAAUGACGCCGAGAUUUUGGGCGUAAUAAUAAUAUCGGUAGUGUGCUGCGCCAUUAUAACUUCUGUGAUCUGGGUGAUCGUGAUCUACAAAACCAGACGUCGUCUGAAUUCCGCGCAAGACGUGUCUCUCGUGCAACCAGCGACGACCGUCAUACUCGCCGUACCGGACAAUACACAAGAGCGGUUGUAUCUGGACACGAGCUCGCAACACAGCAAGGACAGCGGAACGGGUGACAGCGCUAAUCCUAGCAACGAUCAGCUGCAGUUAUGCAUACCUGAAGAAGCCGCGAGCAACUCUGUUAAUAAUCAUGAAGAAGAAAUGGGAACGAUAAACGCCGACGAUCCUCUCUUGCGUUAUACAAACCACGAGCGAAAUACUAAUGUUGAUAGCGCGGUUUAAAACGGAAACGCAAGCCGAGAAGAGUGAGUAAAUGGACUUAUAAUUCGUACGUAACACUGUCACGAUUGAUGAUUUAGCGAAUAGUUCACCUAAUCGCCAAGAGAAAGUGAGUAUUCCCCUGAAUACGACUGGUUUUUACCACGAGAUAAAGAUACCUGCGAGUUGUUUGUGCAGAAAUCUGUCAAAGUGACCUAUCGGUGGACGUUGAUCCGAGAAAAGUACACUCCAUGUAUUCGAUAAUAUUGUGUAUAUCUACUGACGGAUCAACGAGUUCACGGCGUAAGUACAACAUGAACGAUAGCAAAACACUUGUACCGUCAUCGUAUUUAUUAUUGACGCGACUCUCGUUAAGUCGAUAAUUAGCACAAACGAUAUGAAGUGUAAAUAUUAAGCCUAAGGUUCUUCUAUUAUAAUCGAGUAUUAUUACAAAACGCAUGCCGCGCACAUCGGUUGCUUUCAGAAAACGCAAUGCUUGUUAUACAUACCAUGUUAACAACGUGAUUUUUUAAACGCGUUUAUUCGUGUAAGAAAGCUGACAGAAAUUUGUUACGUGUCCGCUUGUAGAACAUGGCUGAGAAACGUGUUCUUUCUAGGUUUCGGCUUUAACCCUUUCGCUGCGGCAAAAUCUAAUACGGAACGCGCGUGACGAGAACUCGGCGGAACUUUUCGCUGACGCGCAAAGUAUAAAAAAGUUCUGUAGACAGUGUAAAAGUUGUCGAAACACCGCAAUUACAUUGCGUUAAAGAAUAUAUAGGUGACUACUACAAUAAUAAACACUAAAACACUAUAGGCGCUUUUAGCCUCGUUUCGGCGUCAACAACAUAUUCUGAACAAACUUUUAAAGCGCCUACAGCGCAAAUGAAAGGGUUAACAAAAACAAAAAAACCAUUCAUCUACUUGUGUCGUACAACCAUUGUGCUUCCUGAACGUACUUAUUGUGACGCGUGCGUAGGUCAUUACUAUGAAAACCAUAAAAGCUACAUAUAUUAUAGACCAGCCUUAUGUGAUAGAUAUUUAUUCUAGAGUUUAUACAUAUAUUACGUGAAAGCAGGCGGCUAUUUAUAUACGAAUAACGCAGAAACAGAACCGUCAUCGUCGUUGUUUGUAACCGGAAACGCGAUUACCAACAGGUGGAGAUUUGUAUAUCUCUAUGCACCAAAGCGUGUUGAUUCUACGCAUAAUUUUUUUUUGUCCCUUGAUUUUUCUUCGUUCUCGUAGUCAAAUUAGACGAUUAUUAUGAAUUAGAUUUUAAUUUGUUUAUUGAUCAAAUGUUGCUCACACUACUGAUAAAUACUUUUUAUCUAUGGUAGGUGUAUACAAUCGUUAGCUUUUGUAGGCAUUUUUGUUAGUAUUAAUAUUUGUUAAGUUGAAAAUUGCAUACUUUAUAUAAAAAUAAUAUCUUCCAUAUUAUUGCCUAUAUAGUUUGUUUUCAGAAGGUUUGAGUAGUUCGUCGAUCUUUUCUUUAUCAUUGCAAUACCCACAGAAGAUGUAAGAAUUCGUUUCCGUUUUCCUAACGAUUUUUUCAUAUAUAUAUAUUUUAUCCGAGUUUGUUUAAUUAAGAGAAAUUUAGAAAGUAUAAAACAUUCUUUCAGAUAUCGAAGAAUUUUUAUAGUUGAAACGUAUAUAUGUGUAUUUUGAAAGUUCGCAAAAUGUGUGUGUGUGUGCGACCGCAACUAAACCCGGUGUUUUUUUUUUUUUUUUUUCACGUGACAGAAGUUGUCUUCAAAAAUUAUGACAUAGUGUGUGUUUUUUUUUUAGUCUAUAUUUUAUAUAUACACGAAAAAAAUCGGUCCUUUUACUUCUAUAUUCAAGAUCGGACAUAUUAAAUUUAUGAUAUACGUUAUGAGAUAUAGAUGUAUGACACAUAAUAUUUAAAAUAACAUAUAAUGAUUAAGACUAAAAACUUAAUAUAUAGCUUUCUCGUAGUAUUCGCAUUGGAAGUUUUUACCAAGUUCGAUUUGACAAUUCGAUAUGAAGCUUUGAAUUUUAUAAGUAAUAAGAAAGUCUAAGGAUAGAAGGGUAUUCUUUCUUUCUGAGUGUAAAAAGAAAGAAGGAGAAAAGACGAGUGUUCUUAAAUAAUAGAAAAAUAAUUCGAACAAUAAUGUGCACAAGUGAUCAUUAUGAAAGUAUAAAUUUAAAUGAAAGUCUUUUUACCAGGCAGAUAUUAUCGAAGUGAAACUCUCUUCAAUAAUAUAAUCCAUAUAUUUUUCUAUGACUUGUAUUUGCGAAAAGAAAAAUUGAAAUCCCAUGAAAACUCGCACAAAAAAAAAAAA